CCCCGUCCUGAGCUCAGCCUGCUUCCGUGCGAAAGGAUCUCCAUUCGGUCAAGAUUGUCCACCAAAGGCGACUAUGCUCUUCACUGCGACACUACUCUGGACCUGUGCUCUAGUUUUUGCGAACCCCGCUGAUGACUUGGUUGACGAUGUGUUGCUUGGAAUCAAACCAAAGAUUAUCCUCGCGGGUUUGGAGCCUGCCUUCCUGGAUCGUUUCCAGAUCCAAAUCAACAGCACUUGGCUCCCGAAAUUCGUCGCGGAUUUCAAGAAUUCCUCAGUCUCCGGACUAUCACUCCUGCGUCGGAAAGAGCCUUGUGAAUUCAAGAACUCAACGUAUGCGAGAGCUUAUUGCGUACUCACCACUUGUGACCUGGAGGCAUCGCUCAGAGCUAGCGUGAAGGGAGAUCGGCUGUCCAGAAGUCUUCAUGACAUCGUUGUAAACGUGACCUUCGUGCUGCCUAAAAUCGGUGUCGCAAUGGAAGGCGACCACGGUAGACAGACCCGUCUCCUCGGCACUUUCAUUGACGACGUGAUCCCGCUUGUCGCCGUGGAGGGGCAGCUCGAUCUCAACAAGAAUCGGAAGAAGGAGUUCUUGAGAAGCCUGCAGACGCAAGUGAGGAUACGGCUCAACGACAUUCUCUGGAAUCGAUACGGCAGAGUGUUCCGCGACGAACUUCAGCGUUUGAACUCUACCCUCGAUGGAUCCCGGCAAACAUCCGAAGCGCGAGACGAAUCCUGAAGCAUCUUCCAUUGAUCUCAAGAGCGCCCGAGCCCGAGAGGGGGAAUAGCAUUGAAAUAUACGCAAACGUGUGAGAAUCCUCCGAAA